UAAGUUGUAAGAGGUAAGGUAAGUUAAAAAUCGGAACGCAAUAAUUAUAAAUGUCAUAUUUAUGUCUAUCAAAGUCAUUUUUCAUUUGACAUUUAUUUGAGUGAUUUGAUGAGGUUAUGUGUUGAAGUUUGAUUUGUUUUGUCCAUGGUGUAAUGUUUUGUCCUAAGAUAAACGCUGUUUGGUGAAUUCAAACUAAUAAUCAAAUUAUUAAGAACAUAUUACAUAUUCUAUUCAUUAAAAUAUCUACGCAAUGUUAUCGUUACUACAGUACUCUGGAAGCAGUGAUGAGGAUGGCGACACAAGCCUGAACACAGCGAAAAAAUCAACAAGUGAUCCCGAAACCAAAAUUAACCCAAAAUAUUCUUUCAAAUCACAGCUUGCAGUAUGUGCUGCUCCAGAAGUAGUACCUACUGGUCUGGAUGCUGAUCAAAUGCAUAUUAAUUUGGACACAACAGAGUUAUCAUAUAAUCCCAAAUUUGAUGUAUUAUUUGCACCAAUACUAGGCCCCGUAAAUCCAUUUAAGACUCAACAGCAAUCAGUGGACAGAAAUAUGUUGUCGGGCCACAUUGAGCAAGCUCAUGUUAGUGAAUUUCAAUUUGAAAAUCAAAGAAGAACAUUUACUAGUUAUGGUUAUGCUCUAGAUCCCUCUAUAACAAAUGAUGGACAAAUAAAAGUUGUUGGUUCUACAGAAGAGGGUAAGGAUGUCGAUAGUGUUAAAACUGUAUUUGAAACCUCCAAAAUAAGGCCAUUAGAUAAACGAAAACGAAAGAAAAAUGAUGAUCCUGGUGAUGUUGAUGGUUUUUUGGGACCUUGGGGUGGUUUUGUAGAUGAACAGAAGGUUGCCAAACCUACAGAAGAAGAACAAGCUGAGUUAGAUGAAAUAACAUCCAAGAAAAAUAAAAAGGGUAAACCUAAUGAAGACAAACCUAUUGAAGAAAAAUCAGUGCUGCACAUUAAAGAUGCAGUUGACUACCAAGGUCGGUCCUUUCUUCACGCUCCACAAGAUGUUGGGGUCAAUCUCAGGUCAGAUUCUCCUCCAGAAAAGUGUUUUCUACCAAAAUCCCAUAUUCAUACCUGGACAGGUCAUUCAAAAGGUAUUGCUGCUAUUCGUUUGUUUCCAAGAACUGGUCACCUCUUAUUGUCUGCUGGAAUGGAUUGCCGCAUUAAAAUUUGGGAGGUUUAUAAUGAAAGGCGAUGUAUUAGAACUUAUUAUGGACAUAGACAGGCUGUUAGAGAUAUUAAUUUUAAUAAUUCUGGGAAACAGUUUCUUUCUGCUGGAUAUGAUAGAUAUAUCAAAUUAUGGGACACAGAAACUGGCCAGGUUGUAUCACGUUUUACAAGUAGAAAAAUCCCUUAUUGUGUUAAGUUUAAUCCUGACAAAAAUAAACAACAUUUAUUUGUCGCUGGUACUUCUGAUAAGAAAAUUAUUUGCUGGGAUACAAGAUCUGGUGAUAUUGUACAAGAGUAUGAUAGGCAUUUAGGAGCUGUGAAUAGUAUUACUUUUGUUGAUGAAAAUAGAAGGUUUGUGACGACCUCUGAUGAUAAGUCAUUGAGAGUGUGGGAAUGGGAUAUUCCUGUUGACAUGAAGUAUAUUGCUGAUCCAACUAUGCACAGUAUGCCUUCAGUUACACCUGCACCAAAUGGAAAAUGGUUGGCCUGUCAAAGUAUGGAUAACAAAAUAGUGAUAUUUUCGGCCAUGAAUAGGUUUAAAAUAAACCGAAAAAAAACCUUCACAGGGCAUAUGGUUGCUGGUUAUGCAUGUUCUUUAGAUUUUUCUCCUGAUAUGAGUUACAUAACAUCGGGAGAUGCAGAUGGUAAAGUGUACAUAUGGGACUGGAAAUCAACUAAGCUGUUUAAAAAAUGGAAGGCUCAUGACAAUGUCUGCAUUGGUGUUUUGUGGCAUCCUCAUGAGCCCAGUAAAUUGAUAUCUGCAGGAUGGGACGGACUUAUUAAGUAUUGGGAUUAAUUAAAAAU